CUGCCGCGCACGCGCGUACUCGGACGGUUGGAGAUGUAGGUCCGACCCCGGCGCGACACUCCGGCGCAGCCGCGACGCGGGGCUCGGGGCGCGCAGGCGCCGCGGGCGUGGGGCCGCGCAGGCGCGGACGGCGUUGCUCUGAAGAAGACCUUCUUCGGUGCCCUGGCGGAGCGGGCGCGCCCUCCUGGCUGAGCGGACAGGUCCUCCCGUCGGAGAUAUGUGUAACACACCGACUUACUGUGACCUAGGAAAGGCUGCCAAGGAUGUCUUCAACAAAGGAUAUGGAUUUGGCAUGGUCAAAAUGGAUCUGAGAACCAAGUCAUGUAGUGGAGUGGAAUUUUGUACUUCUGGUCAUGCUUACACUGAUACAGGGAAAGCAUCAGGCAACCUAGAGACCAAAUACAAGAUUUGUGACUAUGGACUGACCUUCACCCAGAAGUGGAACACAGACAAUACUCUUGGGACAGAAAUCUCUUUGGAGAAUAAGUUGGCUGAAGGGUUGAAACUGACUCUUGAUACCAUAUUUGUACCGAACACAGGAAAGAAGAGUGGGAAAUUGAAGGCCUCCUAUAAACGGGAUUGUUUCAGUGUUGGCAGUAAUGUUGAUAUAGAUUUUUCUGGACCAACCAUCUAUGGCUGGGCUGUGUUGGCCAUUGAAGGUUGGCUUGCUGGCUAUCAGAUGAGUUUUGACACAGCCAAAUCCAAACUGUCACAGAAUAAUUUCGCCCUGGGUUACAAGGCUUCAGACUUCCAGCUGCACACUCACGUGAACGACGGCACGGAGUUUGGAGGCUCGAUCUACCAGAGGGUGAACGAGAAGGUCGAGACGUCAGUGAGCCUCGCGUGGACGGCCGGCAGCAACAACACCCGCUUCGGCAUCGCCGCCAAGUACAAGCUGGACUGUAGAACUUCCCUAUGUGCUAAAGUGAAUAAUGCCAGCCUGAUUGGACUGGGUUAUACUCAGACCCUUCGACCAGGAGUGAAACUGACCCUGUCAGCUCUGAUCGACGGCAAGAACUUCAGUGCAGGAGGGCACAAGGUCGGGCUGGGGUUUGAGCUGGAAGCUUAAUGUGCUCGUGAAUAAAGCAUCAGCUCUGUCCCUGGAGGGGAAGAGAAAGGAACCCACUAUGUUUUGGCCUUAAAAUUCUUCUGUGAAAUUUCAAAAGUGUGAACUUUUUCUUCUUCCAAAGAAUUGUAAUCCUCCUCACACAGAAGCCUAGAUAUCGAGUCCAGCCUAAGGGAGGUGUGCCUGAAGGCAUGCCCGGAAGUUGUCAUGUCCGUGCCACAUUUCAGUUCAGUUCCGCGGUGUUAUUUUCAGUGUGUUGCUCAGCGACAGUGUAGUGUCAUGUUACAAAGGAGAUGACCCGACCCUCCAGUUGUCCAUCACGUCCUGCAUGUCCCACACCACUUUUUCAUGACCUUGUAAUAUAUAGGUCUCGGCGGUAGUGGAAUCUUUCGUUUUGCGUCAGAAUAAAUAAAAUGAACCCAUCACGUUUGGAACAUAA